AUGGAAUGCCCAAGGGAGUUUGCCAUAAAUGAAAUUAAUACUGCACUUAAAGGAACAGUGGAUGUAGAAUGCAAAGUUCCUCAACCAAAUGUCAUCAUUUUAGAGGCAAAACCAGAACCACACAGCAAUUAUGCAGUACAUAAAACAAGUGAAAUAUAUAUAAAAGAUUUAGAAUUAAAUCAAGAAGAUUCUUUAGACAUUGCUU